AUGUGCUUCUUUUUGGUUACUCGAGGUUCGCUCUGGGCUCCUCGUGGAAUCGGUAAAGCUAUCGUGGAGGAGCUGGCUUGCCUUGGCGCGAAGGUUCUGACGUGCUCCAGGACCGAGGAUGGCGUAACAGCCUGCAUUACGGGCUGCCUCUGCGUUGUCCUGCGUGACCUUUCUUCACGAGCGUUUGCCGUUGUUUUGUGCUUGUGGUUGCAACAGGAGUGGAGAGCGAAGGGGUUGGAAGUUUACGGUAUCGCGGUCGAUGUGACCACAGCGGAAGGGCGGCAGGAGUUGUACAGUGCGGCAGAAGAGCGCUUCGACGGUGCUCUGGACAUCCUCGUCAAUAACGUCGGGAGGAGCAUUCGCAAGAGCAGCACCUUCGACUACACGCCGGAAGAGUUCGAGACCAUCAUCGACACCAACUUCAGCACGGUCUUGUCGCUGACAAAGGCGAGGCUUUACGUGUUUACCCUCAUCUGUCUAGGCAGAUUUGCUUCGUUGAUACCUUGCUCGGUCUUUCUUUUUCAUCCUUUGCUGAAGGCGGCGGCAGCGGCCGAGGGAGCGCGGGCCAAAGGAGGAUCGUCAGUGGUGAACAUUUCCAGCAUCGCCGGCGUCAUCGCGGUCAAGACAGGCGCAGCCUACGCUGCAAGCAAGGCUGCGAUAAACCGGUUAACGAUCAACUGGGGGUGCGAGUGGGCUAAGGACGGGAUCAGAGUCAACGCCGUUGCCCCAGGGGCAACAAACACGCCUUCCACGGAGUCGGUACCCAGGAGUACGGAGCUUAUGGACCGGAUUCCUAUGGGUCGAUGGGCUGAGCCCCACGAAAUCAGUGGCCAGGUCGCUUUCCUCUGCAUGAAGGGCGCGAGCUACAUCACGUCUCAGGUCAUCUGUGUCGACGGCGGCUGGGCGAGCAACGGAUGGAUGUGAAACUCGAUCGGGUCUGCUGGAGUCCGCCU